CUUGAAGCAGCCAAUCAGAUAAAAGCUUCUGGAACAGAAAACUCAGUGCUUUCAUCAUCAGGUCACUUUUCAGCAGCUCCACCUUGAGGGUGCUUCCCUGUCUAAAGAUGAUGCCUCUGUGGAUUCUUGUCUUAUCUCUUAACAUAAGAACCCAAGCUGUGGAUUUUUCCAGACCAUCGUUUCUCUCGGUCAAACCUGGAGAACGUGUGACUCUAAACUGCUCAUUUGGACCCUUUCAGUCUUCUGAAAGUGUUUUCUGGUACAAACAAAAAUUUGGAGAAAUGCCUCAAAAAGUAGGAAAAAGAAUAGCGUAUAAGGACAUUGUCAUUUUGACCGAGUUUAAGACAUCAGGAUUUGUAAUGGAGGAAAAGGAUAAGAACUUUUCUCUGAUAAUUCCACAUAUAAAAGACAAAGACGAAGGACUUUACUUCUGUGCAAAAGGUUUCCUGGACGAUAUUUUAUUAUCAAGCGGAACGUUCUUGGCUGUAAAAGGUGACGGAGAUGCAAAAGUCUCAGUGUUUCAGCGCGGCCUGUGGGACUCGGUCCGGUGUGAGAGCGACUCUUCUACACACAGCUGUGUGUACAACUUCUCCAAGAACAUCCUCAGCCUCAAUGAUACUGGAACUUACUACUGCGCUGUGGCCCUGUGUGGGAAGAUCAUCUUCGGGAACGGGACAGAAAUACCGAUGGUAAAAUCUACGGAUCCUGUAGUGAUCUACCUCGCUGUAGCUUUGGGAGUGUGUGUGCUUGUGAUCGUUGUUCAUAUCGCAACCUGUAAAGGAAGAAACUGUGAAUGUUUCACUGGGAAAUCUCAAGAAUGUAAAGUAACGAAAACAGAAUAUAAGAGCCGUGAUGCUGGGGAGCUGAAUUAUGUUGCCUCACUGAUUAAUAAAAAGACAGGAAAGACAGAACGAGCUCACGAUAACAUUUAUACUGAAGUGAUUUACUCUUCUGUGUCUUAGAUAAUAGACGUCAUUUAUUUUCUCAUGUUAGUUACUCUUAUAUGUAUAGUCUUCAUUUCCUGAUAGAAAAUCAUUAACAUGUCAUAAACAAACAAACAAACAAACAAACAAACAAUCAAAUAAAUAAAUACUGUUUGUAGUGACAGUCUCAGGGUAUUCCAAGAGUAAAAACUUAAUUUUUUUUUUGCAUUUUUUUUAUUUCUUAUCUUUUGUUUUAUUCUCAACUGUCACAGUUAUCAAGUACCAGGUGAAAGAAAAAAAAAGCUCGCAAGAUAAUAUUAGCCAUUAAGUAUAAAGUAUGCCUUUAAAAAUAUUUCAAUUCAGUUCAGUUCAAUUUAUUUGUCUAGUGUUUUAUCCAAGCAGCUUUACAGAAGUAUAGAAAUAUUUAAAAGUUUAAAAUUAAGUUACUAU